CCAACAGUUCUUAGAUAAGAAGAACAAAUAGUUUUAAAUCACACAGACAUUAGUAAGAAAAGCUCAUAAUUCGAUACUACAAGAUAUGAAAUUAAAAAAAAAGAGUUACAAAAAAGAAUUAUCACUAAAAACAACUUGCAAUACAACCGAACUUUUUUGAACGGCCUAUCAAAUUUUAUAGUCAAAUGUGGUUUAAAAUGUGUUCUUACAGUAGACAAAGCGAUGAAAAAUAGUGCGAAAACUACUUAUAAAAACUUGGAAACUUGUUCCGUAGAUUUAGAUUUCGUGGAAAAAUAUUUGAUUUGUCGAUUAUUCAAUCUCGUAAACAUUUAUUUGGAAUUCAAUUAAACAAAUUGACCUCGUAACCCUUAACUCACAAUAAGCCCAUAUAAUCGCAUCUACGUAUUCGCAACAACGCGGAUAUGAAUUCGUCCGCCAUUGUCGCUUCGCAAAAUUUUCCGAAGUUGAUUCCGCUUUUAUUCCGUAUCUAUAUCUGAGAUUUAAAACAACACAACAACAAAACACAAUAAAAAACGGUUCAGAUGAGUCCCAUUUAACAAACUGGCGCCAAUUUGAAGCUUGAUUUGACCUCAAGACCUUCUAAACCAACCAAGUUUCCGACCCCUCCUUCCUUUGUUCAUAUUCAACUGAAUAUUUUCGGACCUGCAUUGAUUCAUUCAUCGGCAGUAUCGUUGCCAACACAGAAAGACCUCAUAAAGAUAGGUAUAACGCUCACAAUACUUGACAGUUGACAAAUAUUAUAGAAAUUAUAUUUUUUUAUUUACUCAUGAGCAUGCUGUUUCAAGUAUAUCGACUGUCAAAAUGCAGCUUUGUUCUGGCUGUUUUUUUUUAUAUAAACGAAGCUUUAUAAAAUAUUGGACGCAUUUGUCGACGUGAGAAGUGUUUACUUUUGAACUAUUUUCAUGUAAAUCCAAUACUUUUUUAUAGUAAAUAACUUCGGUGGCAGUCCAUCAACUAUAAAAAAAUUUCAUAUUUUUUAAACGUAAUUUUAUAUAUGUAUAUAUAUAUAUAUUUGGUUUAGGAACCGUUUUAAGCGAUUAUAGCCGAAUCCACCAGAGCGCGCCACUCAUUCCUCCUUUUUGCUUUUUGGCGCCAAAUGGAAAAACCAAGUGAAGCCAGGUCACUUUGCACUUGGUCUUUCCACCGGAGUGGAGGUCGUCUUCUUCCGCGGCUUCCUCCAGCGGGUACUGCAUCGAGUGUUUCCAUCCAUUCGUACAACAUGACCUAGCCAGCGUAGCCGCUCUCUUUUUAUUCGCUGAACUAUGUCAAUGUCGUCGUAUACAUCGUACAGCUCAUCGUUCCAUCCUCUGCGGUAUUCGCCGUUGCCAAUGUUCAGAGGAGCAUAAAUCUUACGCAAAACCUUUCUCUCGAAAACCCCAAGAGUCGUCUCAUCGGGUGUUGUCAUCGUCCACGCUUCGGCGCCAUAUAUCAGGACGGGAAUAAUGAGCGACUUGUAGAGUUAAAUUUUGGUUCGUCGAGAGAGGACUUUACUUUUCAAUUGCCUACUCAGUCCAAAGUAGCACCUGCUGGCAAGAGUGAUUCUGCUUUGGAUUUCAAGGCAGACAUUAUUAUCGGUGUUGAUGCUGGUGCCCAGGUAUACGAAAUUAUCUACAACUUCAAAGGUAUGACUGUCAACAGUGACAUGGGAGCCAAGACGCGAGUGCGCUAACUGCUUGCUUGAUGACAGAAGAUAUUUUGUCUUGUCCUCAUUCUCCACCAGACCCAUACGCUUCGCUUCUUUAUCAACUUACAAAAAUAGCAUUCAACAGAUUGCAGAAGUCUACCACACAUUAAUUUGAAUGAAAGAAGUUUAAUGAAAAAUAAAUAAAUUCCCUUUGAUCUUCUUACGUAUUACUUUUGGAUUUGUAAGCACUUCGACUCGACUCUCAACAUACUCGAAGCAAAGCCCUACAGACAUAUUGUUCUAACCUGCGGCUCACACUGAUUCCUUUCGGUCCGAUAUGUCGUAAGCCGACAGAAAGAUCUCAUAACAAGCGUCCACUCUCUGUCACAUAUCAUACAGAACAGACUUUGUGCAUCUAAGAUUAGAGUGAAUCAUUAAACCUAAUAAGUUGGGGAACCAGCACAACAGUUUCCUCCUUUCAGACGUAACUCAGUAUUAUUAUUAUAUGCAUACAUAGGUUGUCAAACCUCAAAGAAAGGUUGCUCAGAAAGGAUCUCGGGGUUCGCAAACAUAGACCCCAAGACCGGUAUUGAACAAAGUAAGAUACAUUUUACUGAUUAUUGAAAAUCUAAAAGAGAUGGGAGGUAUUGUUUACUUCGAAAAUGAAAAAUAUAGCGUGCAUGUCAGCAGGUUUCCCUUUUCCUCGAUUAUUUGAGGAACCCAUUGUUGAUAAUGAAGUUUUAGGGCAAAUGCAAUCAUGAAUAUAAAAGCACUACUAGAAAGGCCAAGGGAAAACAGUAGUCUCACGAAUAUUGAUGUGCUUUUCAUAAAAUUUCACUAUUUUCUCGAUUUCCACAUUGUAAUUCAUAAUUCUAGUUGACCUUACAGCAAGAAAGUAUUAAUGAAACUUCUUAAUGUUUUGACUUGUUUACAAAGAGAAACCACGAGUACUAGACCAGCGUCAACUACACUUAACAUCGAAUAAACAAAGCUCUGCACAGCGCACCUACACAAACUUUUAGCUUUUAUUUAUACUUAAAUGUACUUGGCUAAAGACUUGGCUUGGCAAAGCGAAGUUUUAUCUAAUUUAACGAGAAUUCGAAGCACGCAAUUUUGCACGAAGCUGACAAAUGGAUGAUGCUUAUGGCGGAUUUAGAUAUCAGACUAAUGGUGAAUGCCGCUUGUGUUUGCCAUGAGAAAGGCGUCGAUUACUGUACCAAGUGCAAGGAACCAACAUUCGUGCGUCCAAAACCACGUUAUGGCUAUCCCAAUCCCGAGUUGGAUCUCACACCCAUCGGUGACAAGUGUUCCUGCAGCAAGCUGUUCGUGGAACCGGCUGCGUUACCCAAACCAUGUAGCAGUAAAAAGCCACCACCGACAUAUUCAACAUGUAAGUGUUCAGCGCCGUCACCAACGCCAGCGAGUUAUUAUCCCCCAGCACCACCAUCAGCAUAUGAGCCACCAUCAUCAUAUGAACCACCGAAGCCAAGUGACUACUAUAAGUCCUCAGGUGAUUACUAUAAGUCCACAGGUGAUUACUAUAAGCCAGCUCCACUCCCACCACCACCACCAAUACCCUACAAGUCGUCAUCAUGCGGUUGCUCGUCUGCAUCGACAAUUCCUGCAUAUCCUUUACCUGAUGCGACUUAUGCGAAACCGAAAGACAGCACAGUACCUGCUGACCCUAUAAGCAUAAGUCUGGCUUUGCAAGCUAAUAAAGCGAUUGCGGUGCCAGAAGCCAAGCUAGCUUACGGCUUUGCGAAGAAACCGAUCGAUAGCAUGAAGAAGAUUACGUUCUCCAAUGUACCCGAGGAAAAUCUGUUUAAAUUGAAGCAUGAUGUGAUUACAUUUAAAAAGCCCAAACUGACACCAGCUCCUGCGUCUGUAGAGGAAGAAUACGAGCACGAAGAAGUAGUGGAAACGGCAGACGCGCCGGCCAAACUCACAUACCAGCAAUUGGGUUAUGUGCCCGAAUAUUUUAAGAAUCCAAAAUUCCGCAAAAUCCACACCGUCUACAGUGACGAUUAUUAUUCGCAUGAAGCCGGUUAUCAUCUGCCGGAUAAAGUGAAAGUCGAUUGCGGUUUUAAGCCAGGACGCAUGGCGGCGUAUAUCAAGCGAAAACCACAUAGUGAUGCGGCUGGUUAUUAUUAGUGCAUAUACGUUUGUAAAGGCAAACUCUCAAAUGUAAAGUAGUUGCAUAUAUACUUUUCUUGAACCUUAAUUCAUCGUUAGAUUAAGUUCGUUAACGUAAUUUUUUAUAAAUAAAAUAUUAGUCGAAUAAGUUCUUU